GGGUGGGGCUCUCCUCUCCAGCCAAUGAGAAAGGAGUAGUUAUUCGUGUCAUUUACAUUUGGUCUCUCACUCUCACAUCUUUAUUUUCAGUCUGAUUCCUGCUCAGAUUGAUUUUGUGCUUUCCAUUGACUCCCAUUGGCCUGCACCAUUAAUUAACUGGUUUUGGGACAGUUCAUGGCGCUAGAGCUGGUGACUCAGUAGGACCCUCCUGCACUCCUAAACUUCCCUGUUAUUGUUACACGCUGUAUCCCAGCAGAACUAAAAUUCACUGCACAUGUCGCCCUCCACCAUCAGCUGCAUGUUGACUUGGUGCAUGCGUUCACAGAGCACUCGCCGGAUCAAUAACCAAUAAUCAGUGGGUUGGAUCUCUCUUUCCAGCUGGUCCAACGUAUCCCCGAGGCCAGUUUAAACUACCAGAAGGUUCCUCCGGGUUCUGCUGUCGUCUCGGACCUGGACGCUAACAUGAAUGAGCCGGAGCCCGGUUCUAAGCAACGCCGUCCGUGGAACCGCGAAGAGGUGAUUCUGGACAACCUGAUGCUGAAUCCAGUGUCUCAGCUGUCUCAGGCCAUCCGGGAGAACACGGAGCAGCUGGCUGAAAAAAUGAAGGUUCUGUUCCAGAACAAGGCCGAGGUCUGGGAGGAUAUCGAGGCCAAGAUCAAUGCUGAGAACGAAGUCCCCAUCCUGAAAACCUCCAACAAGGAAAUCACUUCGAUUCUGAAAGAGCUGAGACGAGUCCAGAGGCAGCUGGAAGUGAUAAACUCCAUCGUGGAGCCCGUAGGUCUCCAGACCGUCGGGACGCCGUCUCUCGUUCAGACUCGACCGACCUCCAGAGACAAGAAACCCGCCGCCAAACCCCGCGGUGCCCCCCCGACCUCCAACGCCAACACAAGCACCAAAAGACCACCUCGUGGACCCGGCGGGGCCCACUACAUUGCCUGAACCCCCCCCCCCGUAGCACCUGUGGACCGUAGCCAUGAAUCCACAUGGCCCCGCCUCUUUCCAGUGAUCAGCUGACCUGGUGACCAGCUGUCCCAUGUUCCACACUACAUACCGAUAGUACUCAGUACUACACUUGUGUCAUAGUAUAAGUUUUAGUACACAAGGACUCCAUGUGCUCAUUUUACCACCACACACAAUAUGUCUCCCUCUAGUGGUGAGGAGGCAGACUGCAGCGGACUGGAUCUGAGUUUAGGCUCAGCUUGUCCCUUCUGGGCUCCUGUAGACUUCAUGAAGAGGACCUGGUCUCUGUAGAUAUGAAGGACUCAUACAAACAGAAGUUUAACAAGCAGACACACAAGAACUUUGUCUAAAAUAAUCAAUGAACAAGAUUAUCAAGACCCUUCUAGCCAGGUGCUCCUGAUCCUCCUGGGGGAUCCCACGGUGGUCCUGGACCCUGAGAACCCUUUAAGACUGAAGAGCUGCUCCGAACCCCCUCAUGAAUGUUGAAGUAACCUUUCCCAGAUAUAGAGACCAGGUCCUCCUUCUGGAGCCAGUCUCUAGGUGUCUAUAGGGGGACAGGAACCCACAUGGAACCACCACCCACGAGGGCCCGGAUAGAGACCAGGUCUGCUGGACUUUGUCUGGAGGAGGAUGUGAGUUAAAGUCUUCACCUCACUGCAAUGCAUUGUGGGACAUUAGAGUUCUUCCUGUAGUCCAGAGCUGGGACACAGCUGAAGUCCUAAACCAGGACUCAGACUGCCUGCAGGACUGGAGAUGCUGGUUCUGUGUUGUGGAUUCAUGGAAACUGACCAAACUAAACGUUUAUUGGCUUUGUGCUUCAAUUGUCUGUUUGCUGCGUUCAAUCAGACGAUCCGUCGUGUUUUCUGUCUGUUUAUAGAAGAAGAAGAAGAAGAAGUUCUGUUAUAUUUUACUGUGAAUGUUCUGGUUCUGAAUGUCUGCGGAGCACAAACGGCCGAUCGCCCUGCUGGUCCUUAAAGGCAUCGCCUUCCUCAAUCACAACGAAUGAAAUAAAAAGAUUCACAAACAUUUUCACUUCAUCAAACUGUAAGAAUCAGAAUAGUGAUCAUGAGAUACAGAGAAAAGUCAUAAUUAUUCUGUGUUCAGUUUGUAAAACACGAAACAAAAACAGCAGAUCACCUGACGUCUUUAUUCUGUUCUUUAAUAACUCAACUUCCAGAGCUUUCUACCAUUCUGUUAUCAGCUGACUUCAGCUUAUUUAGUUUCCAGGUUCAGAAAUAUCAUCCCAUAAUAUUUAAUCUGAUGCAAAGAGUGAAAUCAUUUCUACACUUUAAGGUUCUUCAUCUGAUGCAGCGUCCACCAAUUGUGUGUGUGUGUGUGUGUGUGUGUGUGUGUGUGUGUGUGUUCACAUGUUUCAGAGAUCGUGUUCAUCGCGUCGAGGACCUGGUUAGCCUAGCUUAGCACAAAGAAUGGAGGCGGAGGGAAACUGCUAGCCUUGCUCUCCUGAAGCAAUUCUCUAAAGUGAUCCGCUGGAUGAACUUUUAUUUUGUAAGAUGCACGUUUCCUGUAGCUCGAGGCAGGUGAGGGUUUGAGGCCAGUUCACCAAAUGUGCACUUUUUCAUUUGAUAAACACCUGGUGUUUUAUUUUGACAGUCAUGGUGUUUUAUUUUGACAGCCAUGGUGUUUUAUUUUGACAGCCAUGGUGUUUUAUUUUGACAGUCAUGGUGUUUUCCUGCUCUGCAGCCAUUGAGAAUGUAUCAAUUCAUCGCCUGCCCACAAGACAAGCCUGCUCCAGGUGAUUGGUCGGUUGUGUUUUGUUGCAUGUGACUGUUUCCUGUUAUCAAAGCUUUUAAUGAGAUUCUGAAAACAUUGUUUAUUUAAGAAGUUCAUGUGGACGCUCAUGACAUCAUCAUCUUUCUUUGUAUCAUAGAAUCAUUUGUAAUAAACUAACGUGAACCUGAACUCUAAGUUUAAAUACAACAAACUGCAAAUAUC